AUACACAAACUACACACAUACCUUGGCUUGCAUACCUGAACAUUUUUUUACUACUACUUACUUGCAUCAAUUAACUUCUUCUUGGUUGAGAGAAAUUUGUUGUUGUUGGUAGGUAAGUGUUUAGUUCAAUCUCACGACUUGAACUUGCUACAUUGGCAAGACUGCGAUACUCGGGUUUAACCUGACUUGAACUUUGUAAAGAAGAAGGAAUUCAUCGGUCUCCCACUCACCGCAUCUUCACCUCCAACCCUUCAACUCACCACACAAACACCGCAACCAUGAAGCGCAACAUCGUCAUCUUCCUCAUCAUCCUCAUCCUCUUUAUCCUCAUCGCCGCAAUCGCAUACGGAAUCUACUACCUCCAAACGCGCAUGGCCGUCGGCGGCACCGCAUCGUCGGUGUCGGAUAUGACUGAGAAUGUGUAAACGAUGCGUACACCUCUAUACGUGGAUUCAGGACAAACGAUAAAAUAUGACGACUACACACGAUGCCGAACGAUACCGACACCGACGAUAUCGCAAACAAAUAUACAAAUACACAUACCGACAAAAACCAGAAGGGUAGAUGUGGGAUAAAACCUUCUCUACAAGACGAUAUAUACUUGGCAUUUACGACCGGCGUUUACGGCGAUAUUGAAUCAGCUUGGAAAGCUAGAUAAGCGGUUUUUCCCUACCACUUUGCUGGAUGUUUUUUUUCACGCUGAGAAGAUAAUAUGAUUGAUGGAGAGAGAGAGAUGAUGGAUGAUGGCUUUGGGAUACAAUACCCCCCCGCAACGUUUUAUUACGUUUUUUGACCCUUGAUGUACGUGGACAGAUGACUUGGAUGUUAUAUUUCUUUUUCAAUUGAUUACAUACAUGUCUUGGAAACUGAAUUUGCUGG